GAGUCUCUGUAGAGAUGGAUGUGGCGCCCCGGGCCCUGCCGCUGCUGUUGCCCCUGGCGCUCACCGUCCUGAGUCUGUCGCCUACACCAACUUUGGGAGGAUGCCCGUUGUCCUGCCGGUGCUCUUUUGCCAUGCUGCAGUGCCUGAUGCCCAACGGCAUCACCAGCAUCCCGGCGCUGGCACCGCAGGAGAGUGAGAAUGUGACAGAGAUCUACAUUGAAAACCAAGCUGGCCUUGAAAAUAUAACAGAGACUGAGCUCGCUAACUACAGGGAGCUGAAGAACCUCACGGUCACAUCCUGCAGGCUGCGGUUCAUCUCUCCCGGCGCCUUCCAGAACAACGUCAAGCUUCAGUACGUAAACCUGGCAUCCAACUCCCUGGAGCACAUCAGCUGGAGGGUUUUCCACCUGCUGCCUCUGCUGAACCUGGUUUUGAAGGACAACGCGCUGGUCUGCUCGUGUGACCUCUUCUGGCUGCAGCAGUGGCAGAGCGACGACCGCGGCGACCUGGACAGCCAAGCGCUGUCCUGUUGGUCGGAUGACGAGGAAAUACCGCUCAAUUCUUUGGUGUUGGAAAACUGCAGUCUGCCGGAGGUGACUAUCGACUUCCCUCAAAUCAAGACCGAACAAGGGGGGAACCUCACGUUCGAGUGUCAUGUGACGGGAAGUCCCGCGCCCAGCGUGAGAUGGCGCACCGAAAGACUCGCCUCCGACUUUGUCACGGAGAGAGGUCUUUCAGACUCCAAGAUGACCCUGGUCCUCUACCUGACCAACGUCUCCUCCAAGGACAACCUGCACAACCUGACGUGCGAGGCCGAGAACCAAGCUGGGCCCAGGGAGGCGAUGGUGCAAUUGGACAUUGAGUUUCCCGGCCGGAUCGUGUUCCUGAGCGACGCCGUGCCGCAGCACAACUGGUGCUUCCCCUUCGCCGUGGACGGCAACCCCGAGCCCAGCGUGACCUGGCUGUACAACGGCGCCACCUUCAAGGAGACCCCCUUGCAGUACAUGCAGUUCAUCCCGGACCUGGGCGACGGCUCGGUGAAGCACGGCUGCCUCUUCCUCAACAAGCCCACCCACAUCAACAACGGCAACUACACCCUGCUGGUGGAGAACCGGCUGGGCAGGGACGAGGCCACCGCCGUGGGGAUGUUCAUGGACAACCCCUUCCCCUCCGGGGAAAGCCCGGAGGGGAUGAUUCCAGUCGACAAGGGUUCAAGUCCCACGAACAAGCCGGACAUGGACGUGACGGAGACCCCGGAGAGCCCCGUGUUCGUGGUGUCUGUGGCCGUGGGCCUGGCCCUGUUCGCCUGCACCUUCCUGCUCGUCACGGUUCUGAUCGUCAACAAGUGCGGCCAGCAGUCCAAGUUCGGCAUCCACCGCUCAUCAGUUCUGGGUACCGAGGACGACCUGGCCGUGUCGCUUCGCUUCAUGAACUUCGGAGGCAGCCCCCCUUCCUCGGAUGAAGACUCCGGUCUGUCCAGUUUCGUAGAAAACCCACAGUACUUCUGCGGCAUCAUCAAGGACAAAGACAUGUGUGUCCAGCAUAUCAAACGGCAGGACAUCGUGCUCAAGUGGGAGCUGGGAGAAGGGGCUUUUGGUAAAGUCUACCUGGCCGAGUGUGCAAACCUCAGCCCUGACAGCGACAAGAUGCUGGUGGCCAUCAAAACUCUGAAGGACGCGAACGAGUCGACCCGGCAGGACUUCCAGCGUGAGGCCGAGCUGCUGACGAUGCUCCAGCACCAACACAUCGUCCGGUUCUACGGCGUCUGCACCGACGGAGAGCCGCUGGCCAUGGUGUUCGAGUACAUGAGGCACGGAGACUUGAACCGCUUCCUCCGAGCUCACGGCCCCGACGCUCACAUCCUGGAGGAGACGAAGAUCCCCCCGCUGGGCCAGCUCACGCUGCCUCAGAUGCUGCAGAUCGCCGCCCAGAUCGCCUCGGGGAUGGUCUACCUGGCGUCGCUGCACUUUGUCCACCGCGACCUGGCAACCCGCAACUGCCUGGUGGGGGAGGGCCUGGUGGUGAAGAUCGGAGACUUCGGGAUGUCCAGAGACAUCUACAGCACAGAUUACUAUCGGGUUGGUGGCCGAACGAUGCUGCCGAUCCGCUGGAUGCCCCCUGAGAGCAUCAUGUACCGGAAGUUCACGACGGAGAGCGAUAUCUGGAGCUUUGGCGUGGUGCUCUGGGAGAUCUUCACCUACGGCAAGCAGCCCUGGUAUCAGCUGUCCAACAGCGAGGCCAUUGAAUGCAUCACGCAGGGCCGGGAGCUGGAGAGGCCGCGCACCUGCCCCAAGGAGGUGCACCAGCUGAUGCAGGGCUGCUGGCAGAGGGAGCCCCAGCAGAGGACGGUCAUCAAGGACAUCCACAACCGCCUGCUGGCCCUGGUCAAGAACCCGCCCGUCUACCUGGACAUCCUGGGCUGAAGGGGCCCCCGGGGCCCCCCAGACUGAACGCUGUGUUUGACCACUCAAAUCAGAGAUGAAGACCUGUCUGAUUUCAUAUUUUUAGGCCCCCCCACACACACACACAUAUGAAUGUGUCUCCCAGUAAAACCAGUUACUUUGUCCCGGCUCAACUUCAAGCGCUGUUUACUGAUUCUCUCUGAUUCUCUGGAAAAAAAAAAAAGAAAAACAAAAAGAAAAGUCAAAUGUUUACUAAAGUGUUUAAUGUUUAUCCAUCUCCCUGAUGGAGCGGACUCCGACGGACUCCGGAUCAGAAACCGAGGCCGAGGAUCACGGGACGUGGGCCCUCUCUCUCACAGGUGGAAACCCGUUUUGUAGAUCAGCAGAAAGCCGUUGUAUAGGACCCAGAAAAAGUUUUCAUACGGAAGGAUUUCAGUAAAUGUAAAUAAGACAAUCACAAAGAAAGAAAGCUUCUUCCUCGUGACUCAAGACUAGAGGAUCAUAUGAUUAUUUUUCAAACAUGACUUUAAAAAAAGUUAAUAUUAACCUGUUUCCAAGUACCGUAUUUUCUGGACUAUAAGCCGCUACUUUUUUCAUAGGUUUUCAACCAUGCAGCUUAUACAAAGGUGCAGCUAUUCUGUGGAUUUUUCUUCCACCGCUCGGGCGCUCUAACCGGAAUUAGAAUAAAAACUAAGACAAAAUAAAUGCAAAGAAGAAUACGCUACUUCUUCUUUAGCAGAUAGAAGUAGGUAGAAGCAGAUUUCAAACAGAUAAAUAGAUAAAUAAAUACCGGUUAUUUUCUCUUGGUUCUGUCCAGUUUUAAUCGGCAAAGUUGCUGCCGUGUUAAAAGACACUGUUAGGAAAGAAUGUAUUUAGGUACAAACAUGUACAUCAUUUACAGUUCAAAAUGGUUCUGUACAUGUAGUAAAUAUCUAAUCUAACAACAGAAAUAUUUGCGGCUUGCAUAUCUUUUUUUUUAAAUAGAGCGGAUGCAGCUUAUAUAGAGGUGCGGCUUGUAUAUCUUUUUUUUUAUUGUUUUUUUUAAAAUAGAGCGGAUGCAGCUUAUAUACAGGUGCGGCUUAUAGUCCAGAAAAUACGGUAUAU